GUGUUGUGCGCUUUGUUCUUCGCUCGUAGGCUCGACGGCUGCGCUGUACUUCUGUGUUGGUUUAUUGUUUGCUUAGCGCCAAAGUUAAAAGUCAAACUUGCCAGCUGAUAUACAUGCAUAUAUAUAAACUCUUUAUAUAGAACAAAACGUAUCGCGUAAAGGUUUUUGUGUUGUGGCCCGUGGAUUUUCGGCUUCGCUGGUGCAUUGUGCGGCUUUCUGAGCGCGCAGGUAACCAAAAGUGAAGCUCUAACAGAAGAGCAGAAAUCAAGAAAAUUAUCUAAAACUCAGCAAACAACACAAAUACAAAAACCAAUAAAUAUUCGCUGAAAACAAUAACRAUAACAUCAAGUGUAAACACGUCACUUAUAAUUGAUACACAUAUUWACACAACAACACAAAACUUUCGUGCAACAUAAACAACAUUACAAAGAACAACAACAGCAAAAACAAGCAAAACAACACUGCAUAGGACAUAGCAAUCACUAGGCUGCUCAGCAACGAUAAACGCGACGAAAAUGAGCACCAUCGAAGAUAUCCCCGAAACCCAGGAGGUCAGCUCCACCACCACCACUGCCCAGCCAGAACCUGCGUCGUCCACGGCAAACGAGGUAUACGACCCCAAUACGAGCAUACCCCGCCCACCGCUCGCCGAAUUGACCGCACGCCCGCCAACACCCGUCGAUGACAGUGAAAUGGCUGCAGCUAGCAAGGAAGUAAAUGGCGAAAAGGCCGUCGCCACGACAUCUGCCAGCAGUGAUAGCAUCUUUUCUAUCAUCUAUACGGUUUUCAAGAAGGUUGCCAUUGUGGGCUCCAUUUAUUUGGUUGGCUAUAUGGGCUGGAGUGUCGCGUGGCUGAUCGCACCGGUAAUAUUGUCAGUGGCGCGCGAUGAACUACGCAAAACUACCGAGCAUAAACGCAGUAUUGCCAAAGCUUCGGCCAUGGCCUCUGAGAAGGAUGUGAUACUGGCGCGCAUCGAUGAGCUGCCAGCGUGGGUUUACUUUCCUGAUGUGGAACGCUGCGAAUGGGUCAAUAAGAUUCUCAAGCAAGUGUGGCCCAAUGCUAACCAUUUCGCACGCACUCUCGUCAAAGAGACUAUCGAACCGAACGUGGCGCUCGCACUCGCUAAUUACAAAAUGAAUGGCUUCCGUUUCGAUCGCAUCAUUCUGGGCACGAUACCACCACGUAUAGGCGGUGUCAAGAUCUACGAUAAGAAUGUUGAUCGCAACGAGAUCAUCAUGGAUUUAGAUUUAUUCUAUGCGAGUGAUUGCGAUAUCAAUUUCUAUUUGGGUAGCAUGAAGGGCGGCAUCAAGGACUUCCAAAUACAUGGCUGGGUGCGCGUAGUGAUGAAGCCACUCAUACGUUCCAUGCCACUUGUGGGUGGCCUACAGAUUUUUUUCCUCAACAAUCCGAAUAUCGAUUUUAAUUUAGUGGGUGUUAUCGAUUUUAUGGAUAUGCCCGGCUUGAGUGAUUUGUUGCGCCGCAUUAUUGUGGAACAAAUCGGUGCAGUCAUGGUCUUGCCAAAUAAGUUGCCAAUAACUUUGAGCAAUGAAGUGCCAGCGAUUAGCUUGAAGAUGCCAGAACCGGAGGGCAUUCUACGCAUUCAUGUCAUUGAGGCUAAGGAUCUGAUGAAGAAGGAUAUCGGUGUUUUGGGCAAGGGCAAGUCAGAUCCCUAUGCAGUGAUCAAUGUGGGCGCCCAAGAAUUCAAAACGCAAAUUAUUGAGAAUAAUGUGAACCCAAAAUGGGACUACUGGUGCGAGGCCCCUGCUUUUGCUGACGGCACUUUGGAUCUGAAGGCCGUUUUUCAUCUGUGGGAUUCAGAUAUUCCCGGUAGUCCGAAUGAUGAUUUUCUGGGCAGAGCCACCAUUGAGAUUUUCAAUGUGAUCAAGCGCGGCAUAGUAGAUACGUGGCUGACAUUGGAAGACGCCAAACAUGGUCUCUUACAUGUGCGCAUGCAAUGGUAUAAAUUGACAGCCGAUCCCAACGAUCUACAGGCGGCGAUAUUGGAAACCCAACAGUUGCGCGUAACUUCCAUGAGCACUGCACUGCUGACUGUCUUCAUCGAUUCUGCCAAGAAUUUGAAGCAAGCACGCACCAGCUCCAAACCAGAUCCUUACCUAAUUGCCAUGGUUGGCAAACAUAAAGAGCAAACUGCCAUGAUUAUGCGUGAUGAUUCGCCGGUGUGGGAGCAGGGCUUCACGUUUCUGGUGAGCAAUCCGGAAAACGAGUCGCUACAAAUACGCAUUGUUGAUCAGAAAACCGGCAAUGAUAUUGGCCAGUACACUUAUCCGCUAAAUCUAUUGCUACCCAAAAAGAAUAUGGAGUUGGUGUCACAACCUUUUCAACUGCAGAAAUCUGGACCCGAAUCGAAAUUGAUUAUGUCGCUGUCGCUGCGCAUACUCAAGCCGGCCGAGAUACUAGAGGAGACUGAACAGAAUACUGGUUCACCAGACUCCUCAGCAGCGCUAACACGUUCGAGCUCGCUAAAAACGCCCACGCAGGAAAGCGCUAAGGAUCUGCAAUCACAAACUAGUCGCGUUUCGAUUGAAUCGCCCAUUGCCGAGGAGCAGGUCACAACAAUGAAUGCCUCACCCGCUGCCACACCUUAUUCAGCUGCCCUCGAGUCGGGCGAAGCGGUGCUUACCCAUCGUAUGCCCGAUAUGACCAGCUCGGCCGGUGAAUUUGGUCUCGGUCGCAUACAACUUUCCAUACGCUAUAGUGUACAACGUCAAAAACUCGCCGUUACGGUGCAUAAAAUCAUGUAUCUGCCAUUACGUGAUCCAUCUAGCAUACCGGAUCCCUAUGUAAAACUCUAUCUACUGCCAGGUCGUAGCAAAGAAUCGAAACGCAAAACAAUGGUGAUCAAGGACAAUUGCAAUCCCGUUUAUGAGGCGACAUUUGAGUAUCUAAUUUCGACCGCUGAACUGGCACAAACCGAACUGGAGGUGACGGUGUGCUCCCAAAAAGGCUUCCUCUAUGGCGGCAGUCCCAUUAUGGGCAUGCUUAAAAUUCCUCUUAAUGAUUCAGAGAUAUCCAGUAAUGGAAUAAACUCAUGGAUGGAUCUGCAGCCGGAGAUAAAACACGAUUAAGCGCAAUGUUUAGCGCAAAUUCUGCUUUUGUAGCGGCAAUGUGUUUGGAGUUAUCGAGUUUGCGGUGUCGCUACCAGGUUAUCGCCGCUCUGUAAUGUGCUUCAGGGUCCACCUUUAAGCUGAACAAUUGCUAUAUAUACCUCCCUAAACUUAUUCUGUCGAUUUUUUUACAUAAAAAUUCGAUGUAGAUACUCUUUCGGUUAUGCUGUCUGUAGUGCCUAUUGUAUGAAAAAAUUUAUAUAGAUAUGAAUAUAAUUUAACACACAGGAAU